AGUCCUGAUGCAGGUGCAGCAAUGUGGUGAAUACGCCGUAAGGGGACAUGCUGGGUCAAGAUUGAGUGCUUCACCGCAGGUGACCAUCGUACAGACUGCAACACAAAACAUGAAUGUUGUUGGCGAUUCGAAACGCUCUUCAACAGCGUCACCUUCCACCCGAGCCUACGAUGACAGUGAUAUUGAUGUUUCAUGCAAGGCGUCGCCGCUCUAUGAUCAGUACUGGCCCAUUAGAACUUUCAACUGCAACUUUUGUACCCGAAUGUUCAGAACUGCGCAAGCUCUUGGAGGCCACAUGAACGUGCAUAGAAGGGAGAGAGCCUACGCCAACGAAAUGCUGACCGAUCUGCAUCCUGAACCUGCGCGGCACACCUUCUCCUGCUCAAUGGUGAACAGAACUCCAGCUGCUCAAUACACUUCCCUUCAAGAUAUCGACCCCGUGAGCACACAACGUAACGCAGGAGGAUCACUCAUGGCUGCAUCCGAACGGCGCAUUUCAAGUUCCCCGUCGUUAUGUUGGCUAUCGUCUUUACCUCCACCAGCAUCAGUGACCCAGCUGCACAGCCCAUCGUCUAAUGCCACUAGCUCCCAGGCCACGCAACAACAACGUACUGCUCUCCUCAACCUUUCCAGAUUCCAACCAGUUGAGAGGCUUCACCCAACUUCAUCCCUUCAAGUCCCUGCGCCGUUCCCUGCCCAUCAGCUCACGUCUGCACCGGCUACUAAUUCUUGCAGAGUGGACCUCGUCUCAACUCAAGGACCUGCACCGCGAGGCUCUUUCGUCCGGAACGGUAAUCCCAUCUUAUCUCAUAACUUGGUGCUCGGGUCCUGUUAUGAGACAAGGUCUGAAGUCCUCUGCGAUUUCAUGAGCAGAAGAAGCUUUGCAGAACCUGGUCCUAGAGCUCAUCAACCCAGCGGCGAAAAACUUGACCUCGAGCUACGCCUAUAAACCGCUUCAAGAUUCUCCUCCGUGAAUUCUUUAGCACCCGACUGGAAGUUUGCACUUGCGAAGGCGUUGAUCCGAUCCUACCCUAUCAAUUUUAUUGAUUCCACCUGAAUAUUUACAGAUAUGUUUGCGCAGACGUGCAUACCUUGGACACGGUGUGUUUAAUCCAUUACAGUCUAGACAUGUCUCGUGUACCAGUCCUACACUCAGCAUGCCAAUUGGUCAUUCGAUUGUACUGUUUUUCUGUAACAGCAGAUUAUUAUAGGUUUGAUGCUUAACAA